UUCCUUUAGCAGACAUGUGCAUCCGGUUGAUGUAAUGAAAUUUUAUGAACUGUUUAUAAAUAAGACUCAGAACUAUUAAAAUGAUGAUAUAAAUGGCAAAAAGACAACUGCAAUUGACACUGGCAAUAUUGAAGCCAGAUGUCACUUCACGGCCACAUAUCGUUCAGGAUAUAAGAAAGAUGAUCUUGGAGAAUAAUUUCUAUUUUAUUAGAUCACAAAAUCUUCAAAUGUCACAACAUCAGAUAAAAACAUUCUAUAAAGAACAUGAAGGCAAGUUUUUCCACAAUCGUCUUGUCAACUUUAUGUCAAGUGGAAGAAUAUGGACUCAUCUACUUGCUAAAGAGAAUGCUAUAAAGGACUGGAGAAAUUUAAUGGGACCAACCAAAGUUUUUAAAACUGUACAUGAUGAACCAGACUCUAUUCGAGGUAGAUUUGGACUGACAGAUACCAGGAACUGUACUCAUGGUUCAGAUUCAGAAGAAACAGCUAGAAGGGAAAUAAAGUUAUUUUUUCCUGAUUUUAAUGAAGAGAGCUGGAGACAGUUAGAUGAACAGUUUUAUAUAUCAAACAAUGUGAACUUUAAUGAAGAACUGUGUUUACAUUUACCUAAUAAAAAUAGCUGAUGAUAUAUUUAUUUUAAUAGUAUUAUAAUAAUAAUAAUAAAAUUUAUAUUUCGCAACAAUUCAUCCCACUUGGGGAUGCUCUAGGCGCAUGAAAGUGUUCACAUGGGUUAAUUAUAGUGCCUAAACAACCAGGUUUUCACACUUGAUUUUCGAAUGGAAGGUGGUAGCGAAUUCCAUAAAAUUGAUGCAUUAUACUGAAAAGUCUUUGAACCAAAUUUCUUCAUCCUAUAAACCGGUACAUCUAACAAUAAUUUAUUCUCGGAUGUCAGUGACCUUUUUGGUUGGUAGUGUGUCAAGAGAUUCUGAAGAUAUCUUAGUGCUGUUUUAGGUAAUGUUUUGUAUGUCAGAGUUAACAUUUUUAAAGUUAAUUCUCUCCGGCACUUGGAGCCAGUGAAGAUGAUAUAAUCUUUUAUCACUUGGUAAUUUUUGAAUACCACACAGUUCCUGAAAAAAUCAGACAAAAGUGAUCUUUUUUACAUUGAGUUUUCUAGUUCAAUUUCAAGGCAGGUCAAAUCUACCGCCUCAAAACUCCAGAUUUGUGGGACUAGUAUAUACCACUGUGCACGAUCCUGAAUUAAAAACCAGAUGUGACGUCAUCCUUUGAUGUUGGGGUACCAUUAUUUCCAAUAAUGUACGGGCAACUUGCCAAUCGUAGAUUAUCUAUACUAGAUGAAAUAUUGGACUAGCGUGACGUAUUUCAUUAAAAAGCACGUGCGGGAUAGUGUCUGUAUUUUAAGUUGUUUAAUGGUCUCGAGCUAAAGACAUUGCGUAAUAUAUUGAAACAACAUUAUGCAAGAGGUAAAUCUUCCUAUUGCAGGUCUUUCUUCAGACCCGAAAUGUUAUAUAAACUAGUAAUUAGACAUUAAUUAACUCUCGAUUACAUCGCUAGCCUGCGAUGUUUAUUGGAUUAGGUUCCGAUUUGCUGUUCGACUUCCAUUCAUAAUUAAAUCAUGAAAUGGAUAAUCGAGACUAUGUUUUUUUUUUAUCCUACCGAUUAGUAAUGAUGAUCGUGGCUAGUUCGAAAAUUCAAUCGCUAAAAUCUCGGUUCAUAGUGGAUCAAUUUGACUGAAAUUUCAGCAAAUUCCCUUUACAUUAUCUAGUUUUUAUCUAUUAUAGUGAGAACUGCCAGCUCUUUAUCUAAUCUCCCAUAAUGUAUCUUUAAUGGUCGAGUGCGAGACAUUAAGUAAUAUAUUGAUAUUGCACGAGACCACUAAACAACUUAAAAUACAGACACCAUCCAGUACCUGCAAAUUAAUGAAAUACGUCACACAAGUCCAAUAUUGUAAUAAGUAUAAUUAAAAUACAGAUGUGAUGUCGGCGUGCCAUUAUUUCAAAUAAUCGUACGGGCAAUUUGCCAAUCGUACAUUAUUUAUACUAGUGAAAUAUUGGAUUCGCUGUAAAAGCACCUUCGGAGUGUCUGUAUUCUAAGUCGUUUAAUGGUCUCGAGCAAUUAAUCGUACGGGCAAUUUGCCAAUCGUACAUUAUUUAUACUAGUGAAAUAUUGGAUUCGCUGUAAAAGCACCUUCGGAGUGUCUGUAUUCUAAGUCGUUUAAUGGUCUCGAGCAAUUAAUCGUACGGGCAAUUUGCCAAUCGUACAUUAUUUAUACUAGUGAAAUAUUGGAUUCGCUGUAAAAGCACCUUCGGAGUGUCUGUAUUCUAAGUCGUUUAAUGGUCUCGAGCUUAAGAAAUUGCGUAAUAUAUUGUAAAAACACUCGGGCCUACGGCCCUCUUGUUGUUACAAUUUAUUUCUUAAUGUCUCGCUCUCGACCAUUAAACAAUACAUAAUGUACCCUUGGCACAUUGCCUGUAACAUUAUUUGAAAUAAUGGUAGGCCAACAUCAAAGGAUGACGUCACAUGUGUAUUGUAAAUUGAAACAAUACUCAGGUUAACAUCCUUGUUUAGCAUCAAUAUAUUGAUUAAUAUCUCGCUCUCGACCAUUAAACAAUUGAUAAGAUCAGAAUCAGUAAUUCAUAUUAUGUUCCCUGUGAAGAAUUAAAUAUGGCAUAAACCAAGUGUUUAAAUGUGACCCGUGGAACAAAUGUCAACAAAUUGAUGUGUCAAUAAUAUGGGGAUUAUGUGUCGAUAAUUCUUAGAAACUAGCGGUGGAAAUCAUUUAUAAUUGUUUUCCGGUUUCAGUAAGACUCUGACAUCUGUACUGUAUGUCAUAGAUAUCUAAGUUGGCUAAUUUGAUCCAUUUCAAUGUACUGAAUUACAUUAUAAUAAGUAGCGAUUUUAGUCAAAUAAAUCAAUAAAAUAGUU